AUGUCCGCAAGCCAACAAGGAAUCAUCAUCUGGUCGGUGCAAACGGAAGAAGACGUACACGCGACAGCAUCUUUAUUCGAAGCAUAUGCCCAAUCUCUCGUCAUCGAUCUUACGUUCCACGACGUUUCAGGAGCAUUGGCCAGCCUGUUUGGGAAGUAUGCGCCUCCCGUGGAAGCUCUAUUGCUCGCCCACAAGACACCUUCUGGAGGACCUGUUGGCUGCGUGGGCUUGAGACCUUUAUCUAUGGCCGGCACCUGCGAGAUGAAGCAUCUCUACGUCGAUCAGGAAGGCCGCGGCUUAGGCCUGGGUAGAGCUCUUGCUAGCAGGAUCAUUGUGGAAGCGAAGCGCUUAGGUUACAGAGCGAUUCUGCUCAACACCCUGAGAUCGAUAGAGACAACAAUCGGACUGUGCAAGUCUCUGGGAUUUGUCGAGGUGGAUGCGCACUACUACACGCCAUUGGAAAAUACCGUGAACUUGCGACUGGAACUUCAAGCUUGA